UGAGUCGAUUUUGUGGCACUUCCACUUGGUGCUAAUUUCCUUGGCAGCUAGUCUCUUCUCUGCCCCUGCCCAAAUCGCCAGCUGAACCAGAACCUCUUGAGUGCCUCCUGGAUCUCUCAACGUGUGUGCGGGCGGGCACCCGUGUCAUGGUAGUGGCCAUCCUGGUCGGCGGGUGGUGGUUGAACCUCGCUGGUACUGUCCAGUACAGUCAGCCCUUCCAGAACUGUUGAAUAUGUAUUCCCGGGCUCUCAGUCGCAGGUCGGUCUUGCCAGGGGCAUAUUGCGUUUGAGGCCUUUUUGACAUAUGCCGAUGCGGACGAAUUCGUGACCAGAUUAUUUGUCUCCGAAGAUACCAAAACUUCUUGAAUGCUGCUGAUGUUGGAAGAUGAGGGGUUGGGAGCGGAUCCUCGAACAAGUUUUUUAGAUUAAAGUAUUAAGAUUUAGGGCAGAUUAUGGUCAUUAUUGGAACAGGUGGAACUUCGGAAAAUAUUGCAAUAAAAAGGCGAAGACGCUUUCUUUUGAGUCAGAAGAGAGUAAACAUUCCCAUAGAAAUGUUCUCGUUUUCAUUGCUCGUUUUGAGUAUUCUUUGUCCUUCAUCAUUACUGGCCCAAGCAUUUUCAUUGGACCCGGUCCCAAUAAGAGGUCCACCUUUCAAAACCAAUGACGACAACAGUAAUGACACCUUAAGCCCGCAACAACAAAACGAUUUGGAGUUGCAUUUUCUAGCCAACACUCAUCCCUUCUUCACAUGGCACGAGUCCCAAGGCAAUAGCACUCCCACUAUGAGAGUGCAUUUUGGAAUUAAUGAUGCAGACAAAAUAUCUUUAUAUCCACACGAUGCAAUGCCGGAUGUGGAGGAUCACAAGAAACCCCUCUGCAACUACCUCGGUCGGCUGGAACAUGACUCAAGAGCAACUGUGGCCGUAACAGGCUGCCAAGGAAGCGGGGAAACCGAAAUUACUCUCCUGAGUGGACGCAACAUGGGAUCCUAUUUGUUCAACGAGUCGAAUGUUGAGAAGACAGCAACGGACAUGCCCCACGGCCAAGAAGACCGAAUGUCGAUUGAUCUUCCUCAGGCAUCAGAUUGGAUUUUACUCGAAGGGGAUGAAAUGCUCUUGAUUCCAAAGGAGAAGAAAGCUAUGCAUAUGGGACAAAUCUGUCCUGAUGGAGAAUGCACAGAUAUUCCUCCUUACCAAGAACUCACUGUUCAAGUGGGUUACGACAGCACUUUUGCAGCAAAGGUGUCAAAUGUAGAGGAAUGGAUCUCCAAAGUGCUGGCUCAUACUCAGGCUCAUUUCUACCAUCCAUCGCUGUUAGUUCAAAUUCGUUUAAGGGUUAUUGGACAACCAAAAGCGUUCCCAGAUCAAAUUUGGAGAGCAAGUACUGACGACAUCAAAAGGGCGCGAGAAAAGAUCAUGGGAAAGACGGAAGCCAAUGUGUACGUGUUGUUCUGUGACGAUCCUGAAUAUUUUGGAACGGUCGGAAUUGCGUUUGUUGGAGGGAUAUGUUCCAACAGCGGACUUCAAUUGUCCAUAAAUGAAUGGCGGAAAACGAUAGCUGCAUCUGCAAAGGUUGUUGCCCACGAGGUUGGUCACAAUUUGGGGAUGAAUCACGAUUUCACGGAAAAGUAUAAGGCACGUGGGUGCACGGGAAUCAUGGACUAUGGUGAUACUCCUGAUGUUUGGUCGAAAUGCUCUCAAGAAGACUUCAAGAACAAUUACAGGGUUCAAUUGUCUAAAAAGGGACAGCAUUGCAUGACAGUUUUGGAUUCUGCUCCGGAUGAUGGAUCAUUUGUACCCCCAACUCUACCAGGACCAGAGACGGAAAAGUUGCCAACGGAUGAUGGAAAGUUCUCUUGCCCAGCACCAUUAUGGAAAGGUGAUGGGUUUUGCGAUGAUAUGAACAACAUUGCCGAUUGCGAUUUCGAUUCUGGAGAUUGCUGCAACAAAACAAAGCCCGAUUGGAAUGCUUUUUGCCAGAAAUGCCAAUGUCAUAGCAUCAAAGUUGGUGUCAAUGAUACUACCGAUAACAGUAUAAAAACAGUUUGCCCAUCACCUCACUUGAAAGGAGAUGGGUUUUGCGAUGAUGUGAACAAUAUUUCCGCUUGCGAUUUUGACGGUGGAGAUUGUUGCCGGAAGGGCAAAAAUUGGAACGUCUUCUGCAUCGAAUGCAAAUGCAAGAAUGGUCCAUGAUUUCGAAUGUUUGCCAGGUUUUUUUUUUACUUUUAUACCACAAUUUCUAAAUAUACGUUUGUUACUUGCAAU